AUGUCUCUCCGGGCUCGGUUUAAGCGCCUCUGGGGGAAACACCGGACCAGGACCCCCAAAAAUGCUACAACAACUGUGAAUGUCCGUUUAUUCUCUCUCCUAUGUGAGAACAAUAUUAACGUGCUAUCUGCCCAGGCAAAUCCGACCCCAGAAUCGCAUUUCCCAAAGUUGGUCCCAGACGAGUCGGCAAUCUUCGUUGCGGCGUCCACCACGGUGCUCGCAAGCUCAGAGAGUUUGAAAGAAACUAGAUCCCUGAAUCCCGGGCCUACACUAGAAACAAUUCACACGCAUAAUGAUACCCCUAGGUCCAGCCAGGACCUGAAAUUGAGCAGCCUCUGGGAUGAAGCAUAUGACGAGCUUCGAAAAGAAAAUGCAAAGCUUGUAGAUGCCUAUGAGCAAGACUUGUUUUCCAUUCAGAACUUGGGACAGCAAGCCCCCAAAGGCGAGGAUAGGGAGAUCCAGCUUCAGAAGCUACUAGAUUCGAAGCUUCAGAACAUUGAGAACUCGCAAAUGAAAAUUUCCAUACAUGGAAAAGACGUUGUUAUCAGAGAUCAGGCUAGGAAGGUCGUACAUUCCAUCCUUUCAGUGAAAGAUUACAUCGGAUCUAUAGCCUUCGCAGAGCCACAUGCGGCCCUAGCUUGGGCAGGAAUUUUAAUUAUUCUCCCAGUUAUUACAAAUCCAAUCACACAAGCUGAAUACGGCACUGAAGGUCUUGAAUAUAUAUCAGAACUUCUGGUUCGGUGUAAGGUAACGGAGGACACCUAUCGUGAGAACCUUGCAUGUGUGCUUGCAACUUCAAGCCCAAGCAUACCAGCAUACCUGGUGGAAUUAAAUGCCUCCUUCAGAGCUAAGACUAUCAGCAUUUACUCACAGAUACUAAAGUAUCAAAUAAGCCUCUCCCAGCAAUGUUCUCGUUCGGGACUAUUUCGCUUCUUGAGAGACUAUGUAAUUGCUGAUGAUUGGCAGGGCAUGCUGGAAAGCAUAAAAGGCACUGAGGAAGACAUCAGCAGAGUUUUGGAUUCAUUUGAUAGCAGAACUUUAAAAAAGAUAGACGAGCAAGUUUCUGUUCUUCGAAGCAACGCGGAUAAAUCCUUAGGUCUCUUGUUAGAGACUAAAGCCGGUGUUGAGAAAAUCAAUCAGGCGCAAUUGCUUGGAAAGCUCUAUCGUGCGGAGUAUGCUGCUUUUAACACAUUCACAAAAGCGGAUCGCCGACCCCCAAGAUGCCUGGAAGGUACCCGCAUUGAUAUCCUCCGCGAAAUUCAGCACUGGGGAGACGGGCAUCGUGAGGAAUGCAUGUUUUGGAUUAAAGGACUUGCCGGGACUGGCAAAUCUACCCUCGCUCGCACUAUCGCCCAUCACUUCAACGAGAAGGGGAAACUUGGUGCAAGCUUUUUCUUCUCGAGGGGCAAGAAAGAUCUGGGGGAUGCCACCGCUAUUUUGACGACUAUUGCUGUCCAGCUAGCUGAGGCGUUACCUGAUUUGAAAAAUGACAUCUGCGAUGUUAUAGAGAAGCAUGGCGAUAUUGGCCAGCAGCCAUUGUAUAACCAGUGGCGGGAACUUAUAUUCCAGCCUCUUCUUAGGUUAGAUAGAAAGCUGCUAUUGCCCAUUGUUCUGGUUUUCGUUCUCGACGCGCUUGACGAGUGCGAGGGUGAUGAGCACCUUGGUGAAAUCCUGCGCCUCCUAACCGAACUGAAAUCGCUCAAGAUCUUGCAGGUUAAAGUGCUCCUAACUAGCAGACCAGAACGAUCAAUUUAUGCUAGUUUCCGCGAACUUCCCGACAUCGUCCAUCAUGACCUAACUCUUCAUUCAGUCCCCAAAGUCGUCAUUGAUGGUGAUAUCUCGAUUUUUCUGAGAUACGAGCUGGGAAAAAUUCAAAGUAAACGACGUAUCGACACUAGCUGGCCUGGAGAUGAAAGCAUCCAAACCCUCGUUCAGCGGGCAGACCGCCUUUUCAUUUAUGCAGCGACGGUGUGCCGGUUUAUCGGCGAGUCUCGUUUUCCAGAAAAGCGCAUGAGCGAAAUCCUCAAGACCGAGUCUAUGAGUCGAUCGUCCACCAGCGAGCUUGACAAAAUGUACUCAGAGAUUUUAAAACACGUUCUCGAUGAAGGCAGCGAUGAAGACAAAGAAGAUAUGGCAGGUCUGUUCAAGCAGAUUGUUGGAUCUAUCAUCGUCCUCUUCGAGGCCCUUCCAAAAUCUGCUCUAACUUCGACGCUUGAUCUUCCAUCAACGGAUAUUACGGAAAUACUCGAAGCCCUUCACUCUGUAUUAGAUAUCCCUGAUGACGAAAACAUGCCGAUCCAACUGUUCCAUCUUUCUUUUCGUGACUUUCUCUUCAGUGAAGAAAGAUGCGCAAACCCCACAUUCACAAUCAAAGAGGAGGCUGCACAUGGCGGCUUGGUAACUAAGUGUCUCAAACUCAUGUCAAAACACUUAAAACAAGAUAUAUGCGACCUUCGACACCCCGGCACUUCCAUUGCUAACAUGAGAAAAAGCACAGUGGAAACACACCUUCCUCAAGAUCUCCAGUAUGCCUGUAAGUACUGGAUUCGCCAUCUCCAGAAAAGCCAGAUCAAGCUCCUCGACGGCGGGGAAGUUCACAUCUUUCUCCAGAAACACCUUCUUCAUUGGAUUGAAACCCUUAGCCUUAUGGAAAUUAUAUCGGAAGGAAUAGUCAUGAUUAGGGCGCUAGAAACGCUGCUGCUAGUGAUAUUUUCGCCUGACGGCCAGCUUCUUAUUUCUAAUGGCUUUGACAUUCCUAAAGCAUGGGAUACCACUACUGGCGCGCUUCGUGGCGCUUUUCCAGACAUUUCGACAAGCCUUUUUGGAGCAACUAUUUCAACGAAAGUGGCCCUGUCGCCUGAUGGUAAAUUCCUUGCUUGCACCUCCGGUUUCGAUAAUAACAUCAGACUAUGGGAUGUAAAGAGGGUUGUCUUGUGCUCCACCCUUGAGGGCCAUGAAGCUGGUGUUAGUUCGAUUGUAUUUUCCUCUAGCGGCGAGUUUCUUGCAUCGAAAUCCCGGGACAGAUGCAUCCGGAUAUGGAACAUAACAACAGGUCACGCGGAAAUCCUAUUUAAUGGGAAAGAAGGUCGAAAACCUGUAGCAACUCAAAAAUGCGAUGAUCCGGCGGAAAUAAUAUUCUCUCCAAAUGGUGACUUCAUCGCCGGUUGCAUAAAUAGCCACCAAGUUCAACUUUGGGAUGCGAAAACAUACAGUACACUCGGGUUGCUCACUCAUUCACACAAAAUCAUGAAUUUCGCAUUCUCUCCUGAUGGAAGGCUUAUCGCAUCCUCAUCCUUGUAUGGUCCAGUAAAGACUUGGGAUCCAGUCACAACGAAACCAUGCGGGAUUCUGGCACGAGUCGACUUAGGCCAAUUAAUUACAAGUUCAUCCUUUUCAUUUUCGCCAGAUGGAAAAUUGAUUGCGUGUAUAGUGAAUGGGGCGGUCGAAAUAUGGGAUCUAAAGACUUUGUCUUUCUGUGGCUCGAUUGAUAACUCCCAGGGAAUUAAACAUAUAACUUUUUCUCCGGACAGUGGACUGCUUGCGGCAAUUUCAGGGCAAUAUGUUAAGUUUUUCGAUCCCCAGACCAGAACACUAUGUGGGCUUCUUGAGGGACAUACAUCAGACGUAACUUCAGUGAAGUUUUCACCAAACGGCCAGCUUGUCGCGUCGAGCUCUUCUGAUCAUUCUGUGAGGCUCUGGGAUGCGGUGGAUAUCGGGAUUGCUGAAAUUAACGAAACUCGCAUUGCCAAGUUGAAAUUUAUAGGUAAUGGACACUCUAUCAUUUCCUAUUCGAGCGACGAGACCGUUGAGUUAAGGGAUCCGUCAACUGGCACGUCAACCUUCACGGUUCCCGAUUUUAUAACUUUUCAUGAUAAAGUGGAGUACUUUCCUUCAAAUAAUCUUUUCGCCUACGCAGAUUUCGAUACAAUAAACCUCUGGAAUAUGGUGACUGGUGAAUUCUAUGCGAGCCUUGAGGAGCCAGAUAAGGUAGUUACAACAAUCGCAUUCUCACCAGACGGGAAAAGCUUGGCGGCGUCAUAUGAAGACCAUCCCGUCGUCAUUUGGGACUUGACAAAAAAAAAGCGACGUUGCGUUCUAAGUGGACAGUUGAAGAAUGUUCAAACGCUCGUGUUUUCCUUUGACGGUCGUCUGCUAGUCGCGGAUUCAUUGUAUUCUUCAAUAUGCCUUUGGGAUCCAACAACGGGCAAGUCACUCGGCACCCUCCAAGGCAAAAUGGGAGUAAUUUCUGGCAUUGUGGUGUCUUCCGAUGCCAAGGUCAUCAUUUCUAAAUCAACUCAUUCUGUCAAAGUUUGGGACGCGAAAACCGCCCAAGUUAUCAUGGAAUCCUACAUGCUGAAUAAGAAAGUCGUAGGUGGCGUGAAAUUACCGAUUCUCUCACCUUCAUUGUCUGAGUCUCUUAAUCUGUUUCCCUUAUCCGCAUUCGAUUGGAAAGAAAACAAAUUACUGUGCUCUGCGGUUCCACUUUGUGUACGAAGGUCAUGGGUAGUUUAUGAACUAGAAGACGUUAUAUGGAUUCCCAGGCAUUACCGUGACGAUUUGGGUACCAGCAUUGCCAUACACGAUAACAGAAUUGCGUUAGCGGGUCCAUCUCAACGAUUGAUGCUUAUCAAGGUCGAUUCGAAGUUAAUCCCAUCGAAAUCGAUCCCGAUCGUAUGA